AUGGCUGCGAUCCUGUCAGAUGAGGAGGAAUUGGUCAAUGGAUUGGGUAGCGAAUUAUUGAUUGCUCCUACAGGAAACCAUAUGGCACGAACUGGGAAAAGAUGGUCUGGUAGCGGUGGAGCUCGAUUGAAUAAUUUGAAGAAACCUACUUCCGAUGGUGUUCAUGACCCUGUAGAGGAAUAUAUCUCACCGGGCCAGCUGUACUCGACCGAAUCAGGUAGGCUUUUCCAUGCGGGCAGGAUACUUAUAGUUUUGGUGGGACUCCCAGCUACAGCCAAGACCUUGCUGUCCGUUGCCAUCACUAGAUAUACUAGAUGGUUGGGAGUCAGGACCAAAUCGUUCCAUGUCUCUGAAUAUAGAAGAAAAGAAGGUGUAGAGGUACCGGACGACUACUUUUCAGCGCUUCCCUCGACCAAGGAAGGGAUGGAAACGAGAAGAAGGAUAUUCAGUACGGUUUUUGAUGAGAUGGUGAAGUUUUUCAUGGAUUCGAAGGGUCAGUUGGCAAUUUAUGAUGCUUUGAACAUUCGUCGCAGCGAGAGAAAGGAUCUGGAGGGCAAGUUUCGUGCUCUUAAUAUAAAAGUACUUUUCAUCGAGUCUAUCAUGACCGAUGACGACCUUGUUGCUCGAGGUAUAGUUAUGGCGUCGCAGUCAUCGGACUAUAAGGGAUUGUCGAAGGAGAAGGCAAGGUCCGCGUUCAUGCAGAGGAUACUUGUCAACAGACCAUUAUACGAGGAAAUAAUACCGGAGGAGCAGUUGAGCUACGUGAAGUAUAUCAACUUUGGCGAAAGAUUGAUAGUAAAUAACAAUCGGUAUGGUUAUCUUAUUAACAAGAUCGUCUUCUUCCUGAUGAAUCUGAGAGAAAAGAAAGGAUGCGUCUAUUUUGCACGCUGUGGAACCAGUGACAAGGACAAAUAUAUCGAUGAUGAGCUACUUAAUCGGGACGGCUUGCGCUAUUCCAAGAUACUGACCGAUCUUGUUUUGGACAGAAUUAAUUCCAGAAGAUUAUCACGUCAUGGGACGCCGAAUUCGUCGGCCAAGGGCUCUACACCGAUACCGGAAGAGAUUUUCAGCAAGAUGGACAGCCCUACUUUGAUACCAACGAUGGCGACACUGCAAAGGACAGCCUCUAGAGGCAAUCAUAGGAUCAAGCAGGUUACCAGUUGGGAUGGUGCAGACGAAGACUCCUUUGUUGUUUGGACAGCGCCAAGGAAGAGAACGUACGACACAGCUAAGUUCUUCAUGGACAAAGGGAUCUCCGUUCGCCAGCGGUUCCAGCUGCAGCAGCUGCAUCCCGGCGUGGUCGCGGACCUCACCGAAGAAGAAAUUAAAGAGCGCUAUCCAACAGAGUACCGGGAAUCUUUGAAGGACAGGUACCAUUAUAGAUUCCCAAGGGCUGAAUCGUACCACGACCUGGCGGUGAGAAUGGAACCGCUACUGCUAGAAAUGGAACGGAUGCGCGGGGACAUCCUGAUAAUCGGUCACGAAUCGACUCUAAAGGUACUAUACGGCUACCUCAUGGCCUGUACAUGCGAAGAGCUGCCCGAUUUGAACUUCCCACGAGAUGAACUGAUCGAAAUCUCAUUCAGCCCCUUCAAAAACACGGCAGAGACAAUUCCCAUCCCAACUCAUUAA